AUGUUUAGGAAAACAAUUGUACUGAAAUCCAUCAUAAUUAUCUUCUUAAUAUGGCCAUGUUCAAGGACUAAUGGACAAACUACACUGUUUCCCAUAUUUAAACAAGAUGAAGCUAUACGAAAUGCCAAAACCAGAGAGAUACUUAAUUACAUGAAACUAUCCAUAGAUCCCUGUGUGGAUUUCUAUGAAUAUGCCUGUGGAAAUUGGCAAAAAUUUCAUACACCUACAAAUAAACAUAUUGAAACAUCUAAAACUCUACUGGACUCCAAAGUCAAUAAGGAUUUGCAUAAAUUAUUGGAUGAGAAUGUUACCAUUGAUGACAAUUUGACAUCGAAAAAAGUAAAAACUUUUUAUAAAUCCUGUUUGGAAGCUAAAAGAAACGAACUACAGCAACAGAUUUUCCUUAAUGAUUUUAUAAAGAACAAUGGCGGCUUUCCGGCCGUACCGGGUUCAAAUUGGUUAAUACAUCAUCACAACUAUGAUUGGCAGCAUAUAGUGGCGGGACUGCGUUACAAUUAUGGCAUGAACAUUUUGAUAGGGAUGGAUAUCGAUAUCAACUAUCAAAGCAUGCAUGAAAACAGUAUUUACUUGGGAGAGCCCUCUACGAUUAUACCCAAGCAUUUGUGUAGCUAUCGCGGUACAAAGUUAGUAGAAUUAACCGAUGAAGAAUAUGUGCCUAUAGAAACAGAGGUGGCUGAUAAUUUGCGCAUGUGGUUAUCACUCAAUAAGGAAGAAGCCUGGAAAUUGGCGGCCGAUAUUUUAACAUUUGAGUACGAUUUAUGUUCUGCCAUGUAUAUCUCAGAAGUCGAAGAGCAGGACUUUGUGGGUAGUACUAAUCCCGAGAUGUUGCACAAAAAGUAUGCUCGCAAAACUUUAACCGAUUUCACUCAUCAAUUACAGAACAAAAUUGAUUUAAACAGCAUAGUAACAGAAAGUUUUGGCGUACCCGUGUACAAGCCAGUCUUUAUGAAAAGUCCACAAUAUUUUGAACAACUUGUCAAAGUAAUGGAUACGAAUAAUAGUACUACAAUAGCUAACUAUAUAAUGUACAGAGCAAUGUCUUAUUUAAGUCUACCUCUAAAUGACACUCUUCAGACACGUCCUUUGUAUUGUUUGGAAAUUGUAAAAAAAUAUUUUCCUCAAAUUUUGGGUGAUAUGUAUCAUCGUAAAUAUGCAAAUAUGGUGGAUCAAGAUCAAGUGCAGACCAUAUUUGAGAAACUUAAAGAUAUAUUUGGUGCCAGUUUACAGCAGAAUUGGAUAGAAGGUAGUACGGGUAGGUUGGGUAAAAACAAAUUGGCGGAAAUGAAUUUAUAUUUUCCCGCCUACGAUAAAACGUCUUUAAAUUUACAAUUUUCGCGCAGUGAUUAUUGGAUGAAUCUGAAACUUAUAAUGAGUGAAGUGAGAAAUAAUGAGUUGAGUCGUGUAUUUGCUACCGGAUUACCCAAACCAAAAGACGAAGUUGAAGCAUAUGAAACUAGAAUUGUUUACAGACCUUAUCAUAAACGCAUUGACAUGGGCUGGGGGUUAUUACAAGCUCCCUACUACCAACCACAAUUGCCCAAUUCUAUGCGUUUCGCUAUUAUAGGCCAAAUAUUAGCAGAAGCUAUAGCUACAGCUUUUGAUGAUUACGGUUGGACCAGUGACAUAAGCGGUCAUAAUAACUGGGAUCCCAUAACUGCUGUAGAAUUUUACAAACGUGCAAAUUGCUUGCGUCAACAAAUUGGCAACUAUCUUAACAAUGAUCCAGAUAGUUUUCGCAAUGCUACGAAAACACGCCAACUGAUGGCUAAAAAUUCAGCAAUAAAUAUAGCCUUUAGUGCUUACCUCGACUGGCUUAACUAUCAAAACCCCAACAAUGAUCAUGGUGUUUUAUCUCGAGAAACUUUAGCGGAGCUUAAUUUCACCAAUACUCAAUUAUUUUUUAUAUCAUUUGCUCAAAUGUACUGUGAAGCUAAGAAGAAAACAACGCCAAAGAUGGAAAAGCUACCUAGGAUUGUUGUCAGCCCUCUGGAUAAGCACACAAUGACGCGAUAUGAAGUCAAUGGCCCUUUGGGAAAUUUUCAAGAAUUCGGUCGUGAGUUUGGAUGUGCUAUUGGUUCAGAAAUGAAUGUAGCUGAUAAGUGUACAAUUUAUUAAUGAAAUAUGAGAUAUUUUUCCUUUUUAAAUAAAUAAUAUAUAUUAAAAUAGUUUUUUUUGUAUUGA